AUUAGCCCCAAUCAGCUCCAAUCUGCUUGAAAGUGGCAUCACACUAACAAUAAAAGAUGUUCAUCAGCAGCAGGGUUCGAAAUGUUGAAAAACCAAAGGAAAGCAUCGAGAUUGAGCUUCUGCCACAAAAGGAGUCGCGCACAGAACAUCUAAGUUUUGGGCACAAACUCCUAUCGGUCAUGCACUUAAUUUUUGGACAGCAUCUUCGAGUUCCACCACUUGACCGGAACCUUGGCUUAUGUUGGAAUAUUAUUUUUACUUUCCACUCCUCAGCAAUAUACGCCGUUGGAAUUUUCUGCACCAUUUCAGCCUUUUUUGCACUGAGAAAAAAUCUGAAUAAUUUUGGAAACGCAAUUUUUGUAGCCGCAGGAUUCAUAGGCUCCCUUGAGUGUGUGGUGCGACAUGGUUACUCAUUAAUGCAAAAAAACAAAAUCGAAAUGGUUGUGGCCAAAAUUCACCACAAUUUGUACCAUCAAAAUCUUGAGACCGAUCCCCUGCCCUUCGUCAAACGCCUUUCCAGGGUUAUAACUAUUUUCAUUGCGGUUAUUGUAGUUGUCUUCGCCAUCACCCUGGCAACAGGUUAUAUUACAGUGUUUUUGAAACUGGCAACUAUUUUGGAUGGCCUAAUGAAAGAUAAUCCCCGAGCCGACGCAGAUCAGUUCAUUCGGGAGAGCAACUUUUCUGUUGAAAUCAACGAGGCGUGGACUUACACAAGCCAAGUUUUCUAUGUCUGGCGAUCGGUGACUCUGAUGCGAAUUGUGUGUGGCAUUAUCCAUUUCUAUAGUUUCUUUGCAAUUGGACGGAUUAUGAUUUCGGACUUGCUUUUCUACACAUGGUAUAGCACUAUCAUUCAUCAGUACCGUCAAUUGGCAAAAGAGUUGCCGAAAGUGAUGGAAAAACGAGCUGGCAAAGAUAAACUCCAGGAUUGGAUUAACUGCCAUCAAAGCUUGAAUGAGCUACUGAAAGAAAUUAAUUGUCUAACAUCUCCAGUGAUAGUUUUGGGCGUUAUCACAACCGGGCUGCAAAUUUGCAUCUUAUCUUUCGUCAUGCUGAAGCUUUUCAGCGAAACAAACGUCUUUAUAAGCCUGGUCUACGCGAUCUCGACUUUGCAAAAAUUGGUUGUUUACUGCGUCCUGGGACAAAAACUUAAGGACAGCGCUGAUAGCUUGCACGCAGAGGCGUACAAAGGACCGUGGAUUGACAAUGCUGAUGAAAAUAAUCAACACAUUGCACUGAUGGUUAUGGCGUCAAGUGAAAAAAAUAGAAGCUGUCUCCCAGGAGCACCAUUCUUUUCUAUGUCAUUGGAAUUUUUAGCCUCGAUGGCAAGUGCAAUCUUUACUUAUUUCAUCGUGCUGAUUCAGCUUAACAAAAAUUGAUCUAUGGCAGAUCUAUGGGUUUUUAAAUGAUGCCAGAUGCAAAUUCAAAUGAAUAAAGUUUACUGACCUCUUCAAUUGAACCAACUUCUUAAAAUAAUUGUUUAAU